UGUCGCGGAGCCCGGGGCGGCGGCCGCAGUUGUGAGUACGGGCGGGCCCGGGGCUCCGCCUCGCAGGGACGCCCCGCCAGGUGGAGGAACAAGCCUCUUUGGAGGUUUCUUCUUGGUGCCAGUUUGCAGCCCUAGUUAGUUGAGGGCGCAGCAUUGCAGGCUGUAUGUACCGAGUCAUUCAGACAACGGGACCAGAUGGAAAAAACCUUCUGAAAUUGCUUCCCAUUUCUAAAACUUCUGGAAGCUUUGUGCCAAUAGUUCAGUCUCCAGCCAUGCCAAAUAAUUCUAACGCAAAUGUUUCUAGCCCAGUCCAUCUUACUAUUACGACACAGAUUGGCAAUACUGCUGCACCUUCAUCUGUUAAGAUACCGAUUUUUCAGUCUCCUAAUCCUGGAAAGAUUAUUCUUACAAGGACAUUAGACAAGCAGGAAAGUGCUAGGGCAGGUUCUGAAAAGGAAAGCUUGAUUCCAAACGCAGCUGCCAAUGCCCAGAGCAGCUGUGUGCCCAUGGAUGGAGUGUCCUUGCAGAACGUGGCCAUCACGAGCCCCUCUCACCAGAGCAGCCCAACCUGCACAGUGGUGAACACCAAACCCCUCCCAGUGACUGUUAAGUCUCCAAUGCUGCCCUCCGGACACCACCUCCAGAUUCCAGCUGAUGCAGAAGUGAAAUCUGUCCCAGCAUCUCUUUUGCCACCUGCAAUACAGCAAAAAAUCCUGGCAGCUGCAGCCACCAAUGUGUCUGGAGGGGCUGACAGUACAAAAGCACCAACAGUGAUUUACGUGUCACCCGUAAACACAGUGAAAACCUCCCAAGUCCUGCCCAAGCACUUGCAGAGCUUUUGCCCUCAACCUGCCACGGAAGUUUCAAAGACACUGAUAGUGACAGCUGCCCAGAAGGGAUCUGGUUCUUCUCCUGAGCCAGUCACAUCCAAGGGGCAGCAGUGCCAGCAAACUCCCAUGAAAUGGAUUGUGCAAGAAACUGCCCCGCUCUCAGCUGCUUGUCGUAUCCCUGUAAAGUCUUCAAGUAAUGUGGCUUCCAAGAUCCUGAAAACUUUGUCAGACACGAAGAAUAUAGAAGUCAACCCUGCAAAUAUUUUACCACUCUGUUCUAAUGGUCCUAGUGGAAGCCAAACUAAAAUCACACGUUUAAAAGAUAAUGCUCUGGUCAUGUACAAUGGGAAAGUCUAUUUAUUGACCAAAAGAGGCUCUGAUGUUCUGUCAGCCCAGGCUGACAAACAGGCAUCUCCUUCUUCUGAUGCUUUACUUAAAAAGGAGACACCCGAGCAAAUUGAUUCUACUGAAGUCAGUAAAAUAACCAGUAAAGUGGUGAAUCUGGUGUUGACAAAAAGCAAAGGAGUGGUGCUGUCUCAGAAAGACCCAAAACCAUGUACAGUUUCCAAAAAUUCAUCACCAAUUAGCUUAAGAAAUGUCUUAAAAUCCACAUCUGCAGCUCUGCUGACACCAAGUGCUAAUCAGCAGGAUCCUACUGUAAUCCAGAGACAGAUUUUGCCCUCCACCAAGAGCGUUUCUUGCAGUGAAGUGAUCCCAGUUCCAGCAGUAGGGAUGCAGGAGAGUGUGAGGCAAAAUGGCAAAGACAUGAGUCAUUCCCCGAGAGCAGCAGGGCCUGUGUUACCUCAGGCUAAGCAGGAAUGUGCUGUCAGUGAAGACUGGCCAAAGAUGCAAUGUGUAAAGAUGGAUUCACUGGGAAAGGUUAUUCCAAACAAUCACCAAGACCGCUCACACUGGAGACAAUAUUUGGAAUUAAGGAAAAAGUUUGGUCUCUUUAAGGAGGAGAGAGUUUACCUUACAAGAAUACCAUCAAAGGCCUUCUGUGAGAAUCCAGAAGGAGGCGUGUGUUCCAGUGACAGCUUGGAAAGGAAAAAUGAGUCUUGCAGUUCAUCCUCAUUGGAUGUGGAAGUAAUGAGUCAUCAUCAGGAAUGUGUUAAAGAAAAGAUCAUUGUGGAUCUGGAAGAAGAUUUGGUUAGGAAAAGGAAAACAAAAUCCUCACCUUUGUCAGACAGUGGCAAGAGGAGGAGAACUUCAAUCAAAUCAGCCACAAGUCCCAGUUUAGAAGUGACCAGCUCAGGUUCCAGUGCAGGUAACAGGAGUGUUUCACCUGCACCAGCCCCAGCACAGCCAAGCGUUCCCGCUGGCUUCGGCGGAGUGUCCCAGGAGAGGGACGUGGAGCAGGACACGUUCCCCCAGUACAGUGACACUACCCACCCAGGGAUUUCAGUUUUAGUCACUUCCGAAGAGGAUACUUCCAUUCUGGAAGGUUCUUUCCGAGAUGAUGCCUUCCCUAUGGCUCCCCCAGACCUGGAGGAGACGAUACGGGAGGAGAGAAUCAAGCGGCUGAAGCAGACGCUGCGGCAGCAGAACGCGGCGCUGGAGGAGCUGCGCCGGGAGAGGCAGCAGAGCUGAGCCCCCUGCCCUGGGGGUCCCAGCCUCGUGCUUCACCUCUGCAGUGACUUCAAGAGGAAAUCCCUUGCCUAAAUGAGUAUUUCUGG